UCCCGCAACAACCGCCGAUGGUGAAGUUAACGAAGGAAAAAGCCUGAACUUUAACUCGUUUUACUGUGGAUGAUUUUUUCAAAGGCCGUUCAACUUGUUGAUCGAUUUUGUGGCAAAACUCUGUACUGUUGAAAAUGAAUUCUCGCCAACAUUUCGCCGAUAAAAUGUCUCAAUUUAAAGCAAAUGCACCAGUUCAUGAAAUGCAUCGAUUGCAAAGUAAACGAGAGAAAAGUUAUGAGCGAUUUGCGCAAAGUUGAUGAAACGAAUUUUCCUGCGACUUGAAAAUGUAAAUCCCGGUGUUUUAUAAAGUUUCCCAAGCUACCCGGGGAAAAUUGACAAACGGUUUGCUUUUGAUGUAAGUGAGUACAUGAUUUACCGGUUUAGCCCGAAAAUAACACUCUCGAAACCUGUACUUCUGGCGAAAGUAAGAGAAAUGAAUUGGACGGGAUUCUAUCAAAUUUGCAUUUGUGGGGCUUUCUGUUUAGCCGGCAUUCGUGGAGAAACCUGGAUGCAGAAUGGGGAAAACAAUUAUCCCAGGCAAAAGGCUAAAGGAGUGGAGAACUCAUUUAGCCGAAUGGGGCGCUUUCUCUCGCUGUUCACAUUUGUCCAAUUCGACAAUCAAGCCUGUACCGGAUCGAAUGGAGAAAAUGGAACAUGCGUAUCCCAAACAGAUUGCCAGAGGAAAGGUGGAACCUCGAUCGGAAAUUGCGCUUCAGGCUAUGGAGUUUGUUGUUCAAUGACAGUAAAAUGCGGAGGAAUUGUCAGGGAGAAUGGAACGUUCUUUGUUAACGAAGGUUAUCCAGAUUCGUAUAAUGGAGUGGGAUCGUGCCAGGUCACUCUAAUGAAGAUAAAUCCCAUCGUAUGUCAAUUCAGAUUAGACUUCGACGUUAUGAAUAUAAUGGGUCCCGAAACCAUAAACCACAUCUGCAUCAACGAUCAGUUUAUUGUUUCUGGAGGAAAUCCGUCAGCGCCAGCAAUUUGCGGACGAAAUGACGGAAAUCACCUGUACAUUGCAGUGGAAAAAGGGCCAUCAGCCAGUCCAGUUUCCCUCAAUGUAGUCACAACAGGCGAUUCUUUCCAGAGAAGCUGGAAAAUUCGCAUAACUCAAAUUCCCUGCUCAUCGGAAGUGAAAGCCGAAAAUGGAUGUUUGCAGUAUUUCACCGGAGUGUCCGGUCAGAUUAAGUCUUUUAACUACGACCUUACAACUGGUAGGCAACUUUCGAAUCAAGACUAUACAAUUUGCGUUCGAGCUGAGAGGAACUUUUGCGGCAUUCAGUACACGCAAUGUGUGGAUAAUGUUAACACAAGAUAUCAGUCAUUUACCUUGUCGGGAAACAGUAAUCAAGCCGUUCCAUCAAUGGUGGGAAGCACGGGAAACACAAACUUCUGCCCUAAUGACUAUUUGAUUAUUCCCAUGGCCACUAAUGUGGACAGGGUGGUCCAGAGUAGAUCGCCCACAGUUGAUCGAAUAUGUGGUGGAACAUUCAGUGCUGAUGUUACACAGACUCCGACCACUGUGUUAAGCACAGUCCGUCCAUUUCUGCUGUUUUUCCACACAGAUAGCACGGAAAAUCCUAUGGAUCAAGAAAAUAAGGGAUUCUGCUUGAAUUACGUUCAGCAACCUUGCACUAAUCGACUGCAGUAAAUGUUAAGGAAAUCUAAUUGUUUUUAUACCGGGUGUCUCGAAUUUUGCGGCAUUACGAUGUAUUAAAACCUAAAACGUGUACCUGCUACUACCGCGACUUUCCAGCCAUGGGUCACUGUGUAUACUGUUAAUAGUAUUUUUUGUAAAUGAUAAUGUAUUUUAUGCCCUGUUAAUGCGACUCUUGAUCAAUCAUGUCGGUUUGCCUUUAUUAAUUGCCGGGUUUUUUAGUUGAUGUAUAAUAGCUUUUGUAUAAAAGUGUUUUGACAUCCAUACGUAUUCAGCUAGAAGUGAGUUAAACUUAUAUAUAAUUGUGAUAAGAAAUAAAUUAAUAUAGUUGUUAUUUUCAUAGUGAUUGAAAGAUGUGCAAAAAUUGUUCAAAAAAACCACUCUACUGAUCAGUAAGUGUUUUUACGUGGAGGUUUAGAAAAGUUUUAAAUUCUGUCUCAGUUGUUUUCAAUAAUAAACCCGGUUUUGUUUUUUG